AUGUAUACACUGUCGAGGAUAGUGCUAAAUCGAACGUUCCCGCAGUUAAAUCGGCGCUCAGUCAGACAUUUAUCCGGAAGCUCCGCUCUUUUUGACGAUUACUACAAAACGCUCGGUGUGUCAAAAUCAGCAAACGCGAAAGAGAUCAAAAAAGCAUAUUAUCAGCAGGCGAAGAAGUAUCACCCGGACGCGAAUAAGGACGAUCCCGAGGCGGAGAAAAAGUUUCAAAAAGUGUCUGAAGCGUAUGAGUGCUUGUCGGAUCCGACGAAAAAACAGCAGUAUGACCAGCUUGGCGCUGCCGGUUAUCAGAGCGCGCAAAAUCACGGCGGCAUGGGUGGCGGAUUCCAUGGCGGUGGCGGAGGCUUCAGAAUGGAAAACGACCCCUUUGACUUAUUCAAUUCGAUUUUCAAAGAAUUCGGUGGCCAGGGAAGCUUUUCAUCUUACGCAGAGCAAAUGAGAAAUCAACCACAGCAAUAUGAUGUGACCUUGAAUAUUUCGCUGAAAGAAGCUUGCCUAGGAGUCGAAAAGCGAGUCAGAAUGAAUCUCGAAACCGACUGUCACAGUUGUAAUGGAACUGGAGCUAAGCCCGGCUCGCAACCAAUUAUCUGUCCCGCUUGUAAUGGAUCAGGAACACAAACGCAGAUGCAGGGCCCUUUUAUGAUGAGAACGACGUGUAGUUUGUGUCUUGGAUCCGGGAAAUACAUUAAAGAUAAGUGUGAAACUUGCGAGGGCAGUGGCAAAGUCGAUCAGCCGAAAGAAGUAAGGAUCGAAGUUCCAGCUGGCAUUUCUGAGCGAGAAAGAGUGCGUAUCGCCGCUCAUGGCCAUGAGAUCUACGUAAACUUCCAAAUUGACCAAAACUCGAAAUUCCAAAGACAGGGGGAACAUAUUCAUUCUACUGUGGACAUUUCUAUAUCGCAAGCUAUUCUUGGUGGAAGCAAAAUGAUCGACACGAUAGACGGAGUCGAGCAAAUCGUAAUCAAGCCGGGAACAGAGUCUGACACGCAAAUCCGACUUAGUCGAAAGGGAAGCUGCAAGUUGGGUAAUAAGUCGUUCCGUGGCGACCAUAUCUGCCAUUUACAGAUUAAACCUCCUAAAUCAUUGACGGAAAAUCAACGAAAAGCGAUUUUGGAAUUUGCAAAAGACGAGGAUUUCAGCGGCAGCGUUAAUGAGGAGCCCGGCGAUGAAUCUCUUCUUGCAAAAGCUAAAAACAAGUUUAACUCCUGA